AUAUUAGAUUAGAAGCCCCCUCUUGACGCCAAUUCAGUCCACCCUUCUUUCCUUUCCACUUCAAUUUUUUCCCCUCGUCACAGCAUUUCUCAAUGCUUGAUUUACAGUAUUUCAGCUAUUCCAAAUCGUCUUUGUUCUCAACAGUCACCUUUGCUGCUGUUUUCAUCGUCGUCAUCUCUGCUGCCAGCUUCAUAUCCAAUAUUUCUCUAUACUCCUCGGCCUUCAGAGUUAAAAGGAAUCUAGAUUCGGCAUGCGAACCGCUGCUUUUGCGGAUAGAAGGGGUUAACACCGAAGCUCAUAGGGAAGUUCAGAAGCCUCUGAUUUCUCCCGUUACUGUCACUGGGGAAGAAGGGAUUGGGCAGCUCAGGAACAAGUUGCAGGAGCUUGAGAUUCUUAAGUGGCACGGGUUGGCACCGAAGUUCGAUCACCGGCUGCGGGAAUUUUUCAACGGAGGUUGCUCCCUUCGAUUCUUUAUGACAUGGAUUUCCCCGGCAAAGUCCUUCGGAAGGCGAGAGUUCUUCACCGUGGAAAGCCUAUUCAAAGCCCACCCUCAAGGAUGCCUCGUAAUUCUGUCGAAAACCUUGGACACCGGGCGCGGGCGUGCCAUGCUGGAACCGCUCGUCGGGAAGGGUUUUAGACUAAUGGCAGCCACACCAAACUUGUCCUUUCUGCUCAAGAACACCUCUGCCGAAGCCUGGUUCGAGGAGAUCUCGAGCGGGAGAAAGGAACCGGGAGAGAUCCCAUUAGCCCAAAACCUAUCCAAUCUCCUCAGACUUGCGAUUCUGUACAAGUAUGGAGGCAUUUACCUGGACACAGACUUCAUAGUUCUCAGGGACUUUUCGGGGUUGCGGAACUCGAUCGGAGCGCAAAGUGUGAACGUGGCUGGAAACUGGACAAGACUAAACAACGCAGUUCUGGUCUUUGAGAAGAACCAUCCACUUCUUUACCAGUUCAUUGAGGAGUUUGCCUCAACUUUUGAUGGAAACAGGUGGGGACACAAUGGCCCUUACCUGGUUUCUAGGGUUGUGGAGAGAACGGCAAGAAGGCUGCCUGCGGAGUACUCCGUUAGGGUUUUGCCGCCCAUGGCGUUUUACCCAGUUGAUUGGACGCGGGUGGGUAGCUAUUUCCGUCAGCCACAUAGCCGGUUUGAUUCGAAAUGGGUGGAAGCAAAGCUGGUUCAACUCAGUCUGGAAAGUUAUGGGGUGCACCUGUGGAAUAGGGAAACCAGAAACACGAGAAUUGAAGAAGGAAGUGUGAUGGGCCGAUUAGUCUCCUCCCACUGCAUCCUUUGUAGAGAGAUAUACAGUUUGUGAAGAAUAUGGCUUAUGGCAGUUCGAUGGCGAGGCUUCUUGGGUUUUGAACAAGAGUUCCUGAAAAUUGAGGCCUUAUUGGAUUUUUUUUUUUGUAUUAAUUCUCCAUGCUCCUUUUUAUGUAUUAUUUUGUAGAUGUAGAUAUGGAAAUCAUACCAACUGUUAUACAUUUAAGUGAAAAUAUACAUUGAUCUGUUACACUUCAAA